AAAUCGUGAAAUGAAUAAAAACAUUACACAUUUCAAAUUUCUGAAAAUAAAACAAAAUAUAAAAAAAAAAGUAUAGUAAAUAAUCACAGGAGCUACGAAUUUUUUGGAAGUUUGUAUGAACGAACGAUCGAACGGCAAAAUCUCGCGGGACCAAAAAGGUUCUUUCUUUCUCUCUUUCUUCUCUCAAUCUCCGUUCCGUUACCCAAAGGAUGUGUACUUGAAACAGAAGCAAGUGGAGGAGAGGGUCCUCAGGUGAAGAUCUGAGGCUUUUUUUGGGUUUUCCUUUUCGAGAAAAAUGAGCGCUUCUAGGUUUAUUAAAUGUGUUACUGUUGGUGAUGGAGCUGUCGGCAAAACUUGUUUGCUUAUUUCAUACACCAGCAAUACUUUCCCCACGGAUUAUGUGCCGACAGUUUUUGACAAUUUCAGUGCGAAUGUGGUUGUUAAUGGGAGCAUUGUUAAUCUGGGUUUGUGGGAUACUGCUGGACAAGAGGAUUAUAACAGAUUAAGACCUUUGAGUUACCGUGGUGCCGAUGUUUUCAUAUUGGCUUUCUCUCUCAUAAGCAAGGCUAGUUAUGAAAAUGUCUCCAAAAAGUGGAUUCCAGAGUUGAAGCAUUAUGCACCUGGUGUCCCCAUAAUUCUGGUUGGAACAAAGCUUGACCUUCGGGAUGAUAAGCAGUUCUGCAUAGACCAUCCUGGUGCGGUUCCUAUUACCACAGCUCAGGGAGAAGAGCUGAGGAAGCUGAUUAAUGCACCAGCUUACAUUGAAUGCAGUUCAAAAACACAGGAGAACGUGAAGGCAGUGUUUGACGCAGCCAUAAGAGUUGUUCUUCAACCACCAAAACAGAAGAAAAAGAAGGGUAAAGCACAAAAGGCCUGUUCAAUAUUGUAAUUCACUAGGUUUAAACAUUCGAUUGCCCUUUGUUCUCCCUGUAUUCCCCUCCCCUUCUUUCUUUUCAUAAUUUCUUUGCUAUUAAAGAAGUUGGAGAGUCUGUGUGGGUGUUCUUUCAGACAAAUACUCUAGAUCUCCUUGAAGCAUAAGGUGGUUUUAAUGCUUUGCUUUCUUUGAA